CUCUACAACGCUACAUUAGCAUUAACAUUAUUCUCAUUAGUCAUUUAACAAUGUUUAAAAUAUAACCACUCUCAACAUGCUUAUUACCAAGAACCUAUAUUAAUAAUUUCUUCUCUCCUAUGAGAAUCUAGCUUGCAAAUUAUCUCCCUCUAUAAAUGUAACCCUCAGUUUCUAUGCAUCUCACCACUCAUCACAAAUAAACCAGAUAGUUGCACAUAUAUUUAGAGCAAUAAUAUCCCAUAUAUUUCAUCUAAUCAUGGCUGCAACUCAGGCUAAUGAUCCUAGAAGCAUAGUUUCUAUUUCAAAGAUUGUUUCUGUGAAUCCAAAACUCGUGCAACCUCAGAGGGUUCUGACUCUUUCAAAUUUGGACAGGCAGUGUCCACACCUCAUGCACUUGGUGUUCUUCUACAAUAACCUGCCUCACCAGAGGUUGAAUGACUUGUCCCUCAAUUCAGUGUUCUGCAGCUUGAAAUCUGGCUUGGAAGAUACCUUGGCUCUGUGGUAUCCUGCUGCAGGUAGGCUUUGGCCCAAUCAAAGUGAUGGCAAGCUCAACCUGUGGUGCAACAACCAUGGUGCAGUUCUUGCAGAGGCUGAAACCUCUGCUAAAAUCUCACAACUUGGAAACCUCUCUGAGUACAAUGAAUUCUUUGAGAAGCUGGUUUAUAAGCCAGCUUUUGAUGGGAAUUUCUCAAAUAUGCCGCUGAUUGUUGCUCAGGUCACUAAAUUUGGUUGUGGAGGGUAUUCAAUUGGUAUUGGAACAAGCCACUCUUUGUUUGAUGGGCCAGCAACCUAUGACUUCUUGCGUGCAUGGGCUUCAAAUUCAGAAAUUGUGAAAGGAAGAAGCAGAUCUGAUGAAGUUCCAAAGCCAGUGCAUGAGAGAGGGAUACUUCUGAGAGGUACUCUUGAAGAAGCAAGAGAGACUGGAAAUUUUCCUUCAGACACAAGUUCAAGGACCAUGGCAGUAGAUCACUUAUAUCAUCUUAUAAUGCAAACAGCUUGUGCACAAAAGGGUUUUCCUCUGCAAAUUGAAACACCCUCUAAUUCAAAGAAGUGUGUUCUUAAAACCUAUCAUGUUUCAGGUGCAAUGACAGAAAACUUGAAAAGGAAACACUUCCCCAUGCAAAGAGGUUCAUUUCCUUUCUCAACCUUUGAGGUUCUUGCAGCUCACCUUUGGAAGGCAAGGAGCAAAGCUUUAGGGGUGAAAAAGGAAAAACAAGUAUGCCUCCAAUUUGCAGUGGACAUAAGGAACAAGACGAAACCAGCAUUGCCAAAGUGUUUCAGUGGAAAUGCAUAUGUUCUUGCAUCGAUCAUGAUGUCAAUGGGAGAAUUGGAAAAUGCAAGCUAUGAAAGCAUCAUUGAGAAAAUAAGAGAAGCGAAGAACAAAGUGAACGAGGAUUAUGUGAGAAGCUACGUUGAAGCACUAGAAGGAGCAGAACAAGGUUCUUCUCUUCCUCCACUUAAGGAGCUAACUCUGGUUUCCGAUUGGACAAGAAUGCCUUUUCACAACAUUCAGUUCUUCCAUGGAAAAGCAACCUAUGCAUCCCCUCUUGCCACUCCUAUCCCACAGGUUGCAUACUUCAUGCAAAGCCCUACUCACAACAUGGCCGUCGACAUCAGAAUCGGCUUGGAAGCUGAACAUAUAACUGCUUUUAAUCACUGCUUCCUAACCAUGGCCUCAUGAAACUUCUUUUCUCUAUCUAUAUCUAAUCAUAAUAAUUCUGUUGCUGAGGUCUCCUAGGACAACAUUUCAUGGGAGAAUACCUACAACACACUACUGUAACUUUUAGAUCAAUAAAUAUAUUUGAUGUAGAAAUAUUUGAGGUGGUUUUAACCUAUAUACAACCUUGUACGUAUACUUUUUGUUGGAACAA